CGCUUCCGGCUCUUGUUUACAAACGCAGACUGGUGCUGGCAGCUAAGGAGAGAGAAGCGCCGCUGCUCGUGUGACAGUGCCAUAGUAACACAUACAGUAGUGCCAGCCCCUUAUCACCACCGCUGCCUUACUCUCACACACUCACCAUGGUGGUCUUUAAGAAAAUCAAGUGCUUCGAGGUGUCCUUCACCGAGCCUGACAAGGUGUACUGCGGGGGGGAGAAGGUGGCCGGCAAGGUGCUGCUGGAGGUGGCCGAGGUGACCCGGGUGACGGCUGUCCGCCUGCUGGCCUGUGGGGUGGCCAAGGUGCUGUGGUCCUCGGGCUCCCACCACUGCAAGCAGGAGAUGGAGUACCUGAGAUACGAGGACACCCUGCAGAUGGAGGACCAGCCCACUGAUUCUGAUGGGUCCGUUAUCCUGAGACCUGGGAACCGUUACGAGUACAAGUUUGGAUUUGAGCUACCUCAAGGCCCCCUGGGGAGCACAUUCAAGGGAAAGUAUGGAUCCGUGAAAUAUUGGGUCAAAGCUUUUCUUGAGCGACCGUCUCACCCAGCCCAGGAGGUGCAGAAGAAAUUUGAAGUGGUUGACUUUGUGGAUGUGAACACCCCAGACUUAAUGUCUCCGAUUUCUGGCAAGAAGUACAAGAAGAUGACCUGUUUGUUCAUUCCCGAUGGCCACAUCACCAUGAGUGCCAGCAUCAACAGGAAAGGAUUCUGCGAAGGAGAUGACAUAUGCAUCUCUGCCGACUUUGAGAACACCUGCUCUCGUAUCGUGGUCCCCAAAGCUGCCAUCGUAGCCAAACACACUUAUUUGGCCAAUGGUCUCACCAAAGUCUUCACCCAAAAGCUCUGCAGCGUGAGGGGAGGUCACAUCAUCUCUGGCAUGACCGACUCUUGGAGAGGAAAGAGCAUCCGCGUCCCAAAGCUCAAGCCGUCUAUCCUUGGGUGUAACAUCCUGCGAGUGGAAUACUCUUUAUUGGUCUAUGUGAGCGUUCCUGGCGCAAAGAAAGUCAUUCUGGACUUGCCUCUUGUGAUUGGCUCCAGCUCGUCUGGUUUUAGCAGCCGCAGUUCAAGCAUGGCUAGUCAAGCAAGUUCAGAAAUGAGCUGGAUAGAGUUGAACAUACCUGGAACUCCUGAAGCACCACCAUGCUACUUGGACAUUGUCCGUGAAGACCACAGGCUGGAGAGCCCAACAGCUCCUCUGAUCGAUGAGCUGGACAAUAUCUGCGACAGCCCUAUCUUCAUGUAUGCUCCAGAGUUCAAAUUCAUGCCACCUCCAACAUACACAGAGGUUGAUGCCAACAAAAACACCUGCGUGCAUUAGGCAGAACAAGAAACAUUUGGCUGUUUUCUUUUUUCUGAACUUUAUAAAAGCAGUGUUAACAAGCAACCCUGUCUUGACUUCAUAUGGCCUUAUCUUUUGGGUUCAUGUCAAGGGACUGAACACGCAAAGUCAAACUUGCUGGCUGUCCAAAGACUGUCCAUAUUCUGAUGUGCCAUCACAAUGCAAAGUCGUAGAGAGAGGCUUGUUCCCCCCCCCCCCACCACCACUACCACCACUAUGUAGGUUUGCGGGGGGGAUGUACAGCAGAUGGAAGAGUCGAUUCUAGGUCAAGAGUACAGUGUGGAUUCUGACGUGUUACCAAACGUAUGCAUCCCUUUUUAGAUGUAUGGUUUCAUAGUCUUGUAAUGCAAAGGUCGAAUUUUUUUAAUUUUUUUUUUAUAUUUAUUCAUGAGUCAAAGUAUUUCAGUCUAGUAAGAGCAAUGUGCAAAUCUGCCAUGGUUUUUAUAUUCUGGUGCCUUUUUUUUUAAAGGAGAGAGGUCACUCCAAGCCAGGUAUCAUUCCAACUGAGAGCUGAUUAGCUUUAUAAAUGCUUCUUUCCCUUGCAGAGGCGAAAUGUAUGGGUGACAAGCAAUCCAUCCUUAAUGCAAGAUGUGCAUAUUAAUUUUUUUUGCCAGGUAUAGGCCUGAAAUCUGUAGCACAGCUCCUAGAAGAGUCAUAUCCAAAAUAGUAUAUGCUGCUUGAUUUGAUUCUGUAACAAGCAUUUUGUAUUAUUGACAAGUAGUGCUGUUUUCGUAUUAGUUAAACGCAGUGUUCACUAUUUUUGAUGUUGUAUGUCAAUAUGUGUAAUGCUAAUGAGCUGAGAUUGACGGGAGAUUUCACCACUACACUCCGGCUCUGUUGCAUUGUUUGAAAGUCUUCCAGGUUUCUGCAACCAGUAAACGUUUUGUACGGUAGCAGAAAUGGUCUUUUUAUUAAGCCUAUUCUAUCAUGUCUCUUUAACCGCAAACUGACUGCUGCAAAGGCGAACAUUGAUGGAUCUUCCAUUAAGCUUAAUUGCGAUAAAGGGAAUCUAGGCCCAGCUCCACUAGAGAAGUAAUCACUUGCAAUGGGUUGCUUACUCCAUACAGUAACACGGGCAAGCUGCAUGUUUUUUUUUUUUUAAGACUUUCCAAAAAUUAAGAUCGCUGCAGUGUAAAAAGCCAUACUAAUUUCAAUGCACUUUGGUUUUGGAUUGUUUAUCGCUGGUUACCUUGCAAGCAUCACCUGGAGAAAACGGUUUCCAUGCCGUAGUUCUGAGUUAAAGGAUUAUGGGAAUGAAACCGAAGAAAUGUGGCAGUGGUAACAGCUGCCGUGUUACAGUAUAUGCUUGCACGGUUACUCCGUGUAAACAGUCUCAACCGAAAUCUUUUGUCGUUUAGAUGUCUGCCUGUUUUUUAAAGUAUUGUAACUUUUUAAAGGAUGCACUUAUUUUAUGUACUGUACCUUCGCACUGUGUCUGUGUGACUGCUCAUACACAGCUCCUUGGAGAAUGUAUGCUUGCACCAAGGAGAUCUUGUAAAAAUUGUUCCAUGUCAUGGUUUUUUUGUAUAUCUGUUAAAAGAGUUUUUUUUUA